AUGUAUCACAAAAACAACAAUUAUUCCCCAUCUCUCCGUAAACUUCACAGUCAAUUUUUCAAAACUCUGGUUUUCCAAGUUGCUAUUCCAACUAUCCUUCUUAUUAUCCCAGUAAUCAUAAUCACAUGUCUCCCAUUAUUCAGAAUUCAAAUGAGUUUCCCAAUUGGUAUUCUAACAUGUUUAUUUGAGAUUUAUCCAGCUAUUGAUUCAUUGAUUGUUAUGUAUAUAAUCAAAGAUUAUCACAAAGCUAUCAAAGGUUUGUAA